AAUUGAAGCACAGGAACGGAAUGCCUCAUUCCCAGCACCACGGCUGUCGGCUCGGUGACCUCGGGGCCGUGCCUGUCAUCCACGAGCAGCCGAGCGGCUGUCCCCGGCCAAGCACCCGCGAUCCCCGCCACGCCCGGGACACCCGAGCGGAAGCUCCGCGCCCUCGCUCGCGGUGACCGCGGGGCGGGGAGCGCGGGGCUGUCCCGGCUCGCCGGAGCCCCUGUCCGGGGCGGGAUCACCGCGCCCGGGCUCCCGCGGGGCAGCGGCAGCGGUGCCCGGUGCCACGGCCGGCCCCGGCCCGCCCCAGCCCCGGUGCUGUGCCGUGCUGUGCUGUGCUUUGCUGUGCCUUGCGGGGGGCGGGCCAAGCCGUGUUUGCCCACAUGGGAGGAGCCGGCUGGCAGGGCGCGGGCUGUCCCGCCGGAAGGUGCCGGGCAGCGCUGGGCAGCGGCGGCAUGGGGACGGUGCGGGACAGCGGCGGCGUGGCCCGGGGGCUCCUUGCCCUGCUGCUCGUGACUGUCUUAAUUAUUGAAACACAGUGCAAAAAUUAUACUGAAGCUCUAAAAACAUACAAUAGGAGGAUCAUUUCCAGGAGAGACGUGAACUGCAAAGCAGAUGAAUACAAUUUAGAUUCUCAGUGUUGCAAGAAAUGUAAAAUUGGUUUUGUUAAAAAUGUCACCUGCCCAACAGAUAUUAUCAAACACUGUGUUCCAUGUGAGAAAGGAAAGGAAUUCAUGAAUCACCUCAAUGACUUGGACAAGUGUAAGAGAUGCAGAUUGUGCGACAGCAAAUUUGGUUGGGAGGUUGUAAAGAACUGUACCCCGGAAGAGGACACACAGUGUAACUGUGCAAAGAACUAUUUUUGCAGUUCUGAGAUAUGUGACCAUUGCAUCCAAUGUACCAUAUGUGAAAGCGGUGUAAUUGAAAAACAAUGUACUCCAGCUUCAGACACUGUAUGCGGAACAAAAGAACCAGAAACGCUGCGGUGGGUCAUUCCUUUGGUAGUUUUGGCAGCACUACUAGCAAUAGCUGGAGCUAUAUUCUGGUACAAGAAAAAACAGAGAGUUCUUACUAUCGGUGAGCAGCUAAGUAACGAAGUUUACAAACGAGAGCCUUACGAGAAUGUACCUCUCAUAUACACAGAUGCUGACCUGAGCAGCCACGUUCCUGGUAUUGUGGCAGAGAUGACACUCGCACAAGUCAAGAAAUUUGUUCGUCACCACCACGUAUCAGAACCCUCCAUAGACCAAGCCAUUCAGGAUUUUCCUGGUGACGCAUCUGAACAGAAGAUCAGGCUGUUUCAAGUCUGGUAUCAAAGCCAUGGGAUGAGGGGAGCCUAUGGAACCCUAAUGAGCAGCCUGAGAGAGUUAAAAAUGUGUGCUACAGCUGAUAAAAUUGAGGAAAAACUGAAGGCAGCUAUUUCCAGCUCUCAGGAAGGGGAACGGUCUUAUAAUCCUGACACUGGGCAAAGCAGAACUUGCACUCAGGAGGGUAGAAACUCUUACAAUGAUAAUGCUGAGCUAAGUAAAGCCUAUACUGGUAGUUUGGAAGAGACCUAGCACAGAGUAAUUGGAAAAUUAUUUCUAAAUGAGUAUUUUUCUAAUAUAAAUAAGUUUAAAAAAUUACAUUUUCACUGGCCGUUCUGAUUGAACUGAAGUAAGUUAUUAUAUGCAAAAGGAAUAAUUACAAAUUUUGUGGCAAUAUCUUUCCUUGAAAAAAGUUUUUGCCCUUUUUGGUUGUUAAGGACUGGAAGAAGUUUUAUGACUUGUUUACUAAAGGGUGCAAUAUAAGACUCCAGCCAUAGGACUCAUUACAAGAGGAAAAAAGUUAUUAUUUGAAGAAAAGGUAUGGUUUAAAUGCUUGGUCCUGCAUUAUUUAAUCAAUUUAAGGUUUUGCUUACAUUAAAAAUGCAGGAUGUUCCUUUUUUUUGAGGGAAAACUCUGGUGUUGUGAGUCCAGAAAGUGUGCCAGGAAAAGUACUUGAAAAAAAACGUUUCCUGCCUUACAUCUGAUUAAUUUGAAAUAUAGGUGUUGCUGUGUAGAUUCUACUCUGUUGCAAAUACAUUUUCCAUCUUUCAUAAAAGCACUUCUAUGUGAAUAUGGAGUUUUGUAUAUAUGUGCAAGUUUUCUAUACAAAAAACUCCCAGUUCUAGGUAAAAAUUAUUAUCUCUGUUGUUCUCAGGUAUGUGUGUAAGCCUCUUCUAAGUUUAGAACCCUUCAAAGAAAUAGGAGCUGAAGGGUUAGCAGCACAUCAGAACUGUCAUUUCUGGAAGACAACCUUUAGAGUGGAUAAGCUUUUCUAAUGCAGAAACUGAUACAAUGAAAACAUCUUUUUCAUUAAAAAAGAUCUGCGUAA